AUGGAGCAAACCAGCAAACCCGCUAACCUUCCUCCCUGUUCACCAAGACAGGCGGUGAAGAAUAUUCUUAGGGGUGUCGAUAGCCACGUUCGGGUUAUGUCCCAUUUAGAUAACGUGUCCACUUCUUCCAGUUACUCGGCGGUGCGGCUGAAGAAGCCGAAAACGGAUUCUUGGACGGAACCAUUUAACGUGACCCGUGUGCAUCGAGGUACAUCUACGAAUAGUUUCUACCAGGAGGUUAUAGCACCGUGCGUGGCAAACUGUUUAGCUGGGCAGAGUUACCUGUUUUUAGUUAGUGGUCCCUGUGAAAGCGGUCGAAGUCAGACCCUCUACGGCAGUCCACACCAUAAAACCAAGGGCGUCGUUGAACUUGCCGCCGAAGACUUGUUGGGCUAUAUGACCGGUGGUGCUGAGAACAACGAUGACAACCCUAGUAGGGGGCAGCCAACAGUCACCCAUUCCGCCUUUGUUACGCGCGGGUCACACAUAAACGAAACAAAGACAGGCGAGCCCGUUCCUAUUGUGGACUUUCCACCUCCGCUGGGUCGCACUGCUCUUCCGCGCAUGCAGUUGCUAGAGUCAGCUGCUAGCGUUGUACAAAUACCCGAGCACAAGUAUUCAGACACUUCUUGUAUUAUUCAGUUUCAGGUUUAUGUUCCGGUGGACACCCUAGGACGGCGUUCCAUGGCCACACUAACCUUUGUGGACGCUGCAGCAUUUCACUCGCAGCCGUGCAGUGAGGUUCGUCAUCUUGUAUCUACCGUGCGUCGGGUGGCGGGACUGUCUAACGGCGACGGCCCCAGUUUCGAUCAGAGGAAACUGACGACUUUGCUUGAGCCUGCACUUAUGGGUUAUGUCACGCUAAUGUCCAUCACAACCAUCAGUGGUCGAGAUGACUUACACGAAGCGGCAUGUGAAGCUCUGCGCUUCGCUGAGACCAUUAGUCGGAUUCAUCAGGUUCUUAUGUUAGUACACAUCAACACGCCCAAGUGGUUCCUAGACACGGCGGAGAAAGUAGAGGUUCUGAGGUCCCAGCGUAAUAAGAUGCUGUCUGAACAGCAUGCUCGCGGCGUGUAUGACUAUUACGUGACUGUCACCAAGUGGUUGUCUCAGCAUGUGGCCGGCGCCGGUUGUACGUUUGAUAAAUUACUUGAAGAAGUGGAGCAAAUUCGUGAAGACCUUGCGUGUGAGAUGAAGGAGAGGGUUAAAAGCGUCCAGGCAUCUAUACAAGAGGCUGAGAAACAGCACGCUCUUCAACUUGAGCGCACACGCAAUGCCCACGCGAUAACAACUUCACAAUUGGACAAGGUAAAACGCUUAGACGAAACAAUAGCCGCGCUUACUCAGAAGGUGACACAGCGAGAUCUGUUCAACGACCACAAAAUAAGCGAAAUGCGUAUCGAAAUAUCUGCUAUUGAAAGCGAAACAGAGACGCGGAGACAGGAGUUGCUGCGGUUCGAAAAUGAGGAGAGGCUGUACGGAACUAAAUGCGCGGAGGUGAUGGGGGUUCUUGAGAAAUAUUCAGCAGACCUUGCUAAUUCCCAGAUGCACUACGUGCUCACCGAAGAGAUGAGUGCCAUCGAAGAAAAGAAGAAACGCCUGGAGGCAGAUCUUGCAACUGCUUCGCGUAUUGCACAUAUGGAGAGUGACAAUUUCCGCGCUAAUCGAGAGAAGAAUUCACGCCUCUCACACCUGUCGGUGAUGCAGCAGAAAGUUGACUCCCUUCGGGGACGUAUCUUAACAAACAGCGUUUCCCAUACCAUGAGCCGAAGCGCAAGCCACCUUAGCCCGCGUAGUCAGCCUGACGCUUCGCCUUCAGAGUCACCGGCGCAAAAGCGGCGGCGGUUCGCAAGCCCGCGGUACUCCGCUGUGUAG